UCGAAAUCAAGAUGGCGGACGAUAUAACGUCAGGCCUCAUUGUGAGAAUUUGUAUGAUAUUCGGUUUAUUUUCUCCUGUUUCUGUCACUGAGCUUCAAUAUUUAUUCCUAAAUACAGUUUUAGGAUGCUUUUAUUUCGUGCAAUAUGUGGACGAUUGUGUGGUUCUGGCAUUGUGAAAGUUAGAUGGUUUAGGAGUAGUUCAUUUUUGAACUUCACAGAGAAACAUAAACUAGGAAUCACUAGUGGUAUUCAGGAAUAUCUGAAACAUGUUGUAAAACAGCAUUCUGAACUUACACAACUUUUAGCAACACAGGGAAAUGGACUACAGGCUGAUAAACGCCGUGCAGUUGGUAAAACAUUGUCCAAAUAUUCACCUCUGGUUAAAAUUGUGAUCAAUAUAAAUAAGAAACAAGAGGAACUGAGUGAAUUAGACCAAUUAGUGCUUGAAGAUGAGGAUAUGAAGGAACUUGCUCAAGAAGAAAGAUCUAUGCAUCAUCAAGAACUGAAUGAAAUGAAAGAUUUAUUGUUUGACAAUCUUGUUCCUCCUGAAGAUGAAGAUAACAAUGAUGUUAUCCUGGAAGUACGGGCAGGAACUGGUGGGCAAGAGGCAUGCCUCUUUACCAUGGACAUGUUCCAAAUGUAUCAAAGAUUUUCUAUCCACAAGCAUUGGAAAUUCUCAGUCAUUCACAUCAAUAAAAGUGAAAGUGGUGGCUUUAAGGAGGCAAGCGCAAGUAUUUCUGGAGACAGUGUAUUUGGAAAUUUGAAAUAUGAGAUUGGGGUCCAUCGUGUCCAACGGGUACCAGCGACAGAGGCUUUGGGAAGACUGCAUACCAGUACUAUGACUGUAGCCGUUCUACCUGAACCAGAAGAGAUUGACAUAACCUUAAACCAACAAGAUCUUAAAAUUGACACAUUUCGUUCGUCUGGUGCUGGUGGUCAACAUGUUAAUACAACUGACAGUGCCGUUAGGAUCACCCACUUACCAACUGGAAUAGUCGUUUCUAACCAGGAUGAAAGAUCACAGAUAAAGAAUAAACAGAAAGCUCUCCGCGUUUUGAGAGCAAAACUAUUUCAAAUUGAACGCGAGUCUGCUCAUAAGGAGCGAUCAGCAGCGAGAAGACGUCAGGUCGGGACCGCAGAAAGAUCUGAGAAAAUCCGAACUUAUAAUUUUCCACAGAGCCGCGUGACCGACCAUCGUGCUGGCGUCAGCAGCAAUAACAUUGACGAUUUCAUGAAAGGAGGCGAGGAAUUACAAGACAUUAUCACAGCCCUACAGACCCAUCACAAAAAGCCAUCGCACUGGAUCACAUCCUUCAAAAUUACAAGGAAAGUGAAUGAAGGUUGUCUGUUGGUAUGUGAUAUUAGUAAAAUAUUUGUUCAGGCCGUAGCUAGAACUGAUUCCCCGACUGUUUUCCUGUGUACGUUAUUGUUAUAUGAAUAUACACCCUCCUUUUAAUCAAAUCAAUCAACCCAUUUGGUCUUUACUACUAUGUUCUACUGCCCUUGCAAUAGAAGUAAAUUAUUUCAUUCAUGAUAAUUGAUAAAUUACAUGAUCAAUGUUUUCAUUCAUAAGGAAAAUGAAAAUGUAUUAACCAAUUCUCAGUGAUAAGUAGUUGCGAUCUUGGAACGACAAUUAUCAAGAAAUGUCCUGUUUAUUUAAAUUCCUGUGUAUGCAAAUAAGCAAAAUUGAUAU